UUUGUGCAGCACUGUAAAGCUUAACCAGACUUGUAUCCAUGUCAGUGGAAUAAGCCAUGCUGAUGUCAGAGAUUUUUUUCCCUCUCUGCCCCUCCGCGGCGGUGGGAGGAUCUCUGUGCGUUGAGUCACGCAGCUGUCAAAGAUAGCUGUCACCCAGUUCCAGGAUCAAACACACACACUACACAGUCAAUGAGAAAACGGGCUUUGAGCCGACAGGACGCAGAAGAUCUCAGGUAACCCCCCCACCUCCCCUCUCCCUCCCUUCCUCCUCAAGUCUCCAAACAAGGACGACCACAAGAGGAGAAAGAAAGAAUCAAAUACGAGGGAAGAAAGACGCGAUUUUUUUUGAUGAAUAAGGAUUUUCGCAUAUUCGGAUACACGCUGGGAAUAUAUCUGGAGGAAAGCAGGAACACACUACACUGACACAAAGGCAGUUUUCUUCUGCGCCAAUCAAGCAAACUGUGUUUUUUUUUAUUUCGGACGGAGAUGAAGUCGAAAAAAGGUCUGAUGAUGCUGUCAGGGAGCGAGACAGAUGACGAGGACAGCGUGGACGCCCCUCUGGAUCUGUCGUCCAGCGGGGGGAGCAGCGGGAAGAGGAAGCGGCGGGGGAAUCUGCCCAAAGAGUCGGUUCAGAUCCUCCGGGACUGGCUGUACGAGCACCGAUACAACGCGUACCCCUCGGAGCAGGAGAAAGCCCUCCUCUCCAAGCAGACGCAGCUCUCAACACUGCAGGUGUGCAACUGGUUCAUAAACGCACGGCGGCGACUUCUCCCCGAGAUGUUGAGAAAAGACGGUAAAGAUCCCAACCAGUUCACCAUAUCCAGGAAAGGAAGCAAAGCCGGCGACAGCUUCUCCGACUCCAGCUCCCAGUCGCCCAAACACACCAGCCCGGCGGCCCAGUCGCCCAAACACGGCAGCCCUGCAGCGGGCCCGGACGACAGCUACGACCAGCGGGUCCUCCACCCCUCCAGCUUCGAGCCCGCCGCGUCCGGCAUCCUGAGGAAAGCCGCCUCCCCCUCCGCGCCCUCUCCGACCUCCGCGUCGUCGUCUCCUCCUCCUGGGGUCGUCCCCCCCACCCGGCCUUCGGUCAUCUGUCACACUACUGUCACCGCGGCGAUACAAGCCCCGCCCUCCGUGCCGGGAUUGAACUGCGACAGGGCGGAGGAGCUGCUGCAGCACGCGCAGGCGCUGCUCCGGUGCAGGGAGGAAGUCAACACCGCCACCACUACCACCACCAUCCUCAGCAGCAGCGCCGGCAUGGAGGGCAACCUGAGCCCCCGCAGCGGGCUCUUCAACACCCCGCCCCCCACCCCCCCAGACCUAACGCAGGACUUCAGCGGCUUCCAGCUCCUGGUGGACGUGGCUCUGAAACGAGCGGCGGAGAUGGAGCUGCAGGCCAAACAGCUGGUCUCCUAAACGGGGACAACAGAGACAGAAGAAGAAGAAGAAGAGGGAAAAGAGACUUUGUGUUCUGACUGUAGAACUCUUCUGGAGUUCAGGGACUCGUCUGCACGCGACAGAGAACAAACACAUAAAAAAGCCUGAUCAUUUCUAUUUUUGGUAAACCAAUCAGAUUGACGAGGAUGUUUUUUUUUUUUUAUGGAGAAAACAAACUGUAUCGAGGUGCCUUGGCUGUUACGUUGUUUAAUUCAUUUCACAUACAUGAGUAUGUAUCUACAUGUGUAUCUUAUUUGCACACAGGGACCAAAAACAAAAAGAAAUGUUAUCGGAGAAAUGCUGCCUGUCUUACUGUGUCUCCGUCGCGGGAGCAUCCACACACGUUUACUGUCACACAUUUCAACAGAUCAGUUCAUGCUCGGUCUGCCUCGUUUGUUUGCACACUAAAAGGCAGAGGAAGGUCAUCUCAGUGUCUUAAACAUACUUUGCUCUUGGCAUCUAUGACAAACUUAUUCACUACUGUAGUAAACAUGUUUUCAUGAGUAUAAGUAUAGUUUUGAUUUUUGUAUUUUACUUUUAGCUAUUUUUAAAAGAAAGAAUCUCUAUGCUUUUUUUUUUUUUUUUACUCCUUCUCUCCCCUCCCUCCCCUUCAUCGAGGGAUAUUUCAGAUGACCAAUGUAGCAGGUUCUUAGUCUGAGCCUUCAUCCCACCGUCACUCAGCAGGGGGUGGGGGGGGGACAAAACGACGGCCAGUGGACUGGACAAUUCAAACACUACAGAUGUCUUUUUCUGCAUUCUGCUGUUUUUUUACGUCCUGACUAAGACAGCGACUUUUCUAAAAAAACAAAUCACCAAAAAACCCCAAAACCUUUCCAUGUAUAAUAGGACCAUGUGUAUAGUUAAUGUGACACCAAUGCCCAAUGAUGUGAUUUCUUUUCAUACUGUGCAAUGUUUGUGGCAAAGAGGGGGUCACAUGGGAUUCAAAUAAAGUUUUGUUUUUCUACA